UGUAUUACUCACACGAAAUGAGUAAAGAGGAAAUCGAUAAACCACCCCUAAGUGAAGCGAAACAAGUUAAGGGGGGAGAGAGAGAAACAGUGAAUAGAACGACCUGAGCCAGAGAAACUCAAUACAUUUGACUGCACGUAGACGUAAGAACGUAACUUCAACCAAAAAAAGAAAAACCCGAAAUCACGAAAUAAAAUUACAAAUAUCGCCUAGAAAAACUAGUUUAGAUUAAAUAAAAAUCCCAAUAAUGUCUCAUUAAAGUGCAAUUCUGCGGUAGCAAAAUGAAAUUUUGUUGAAAUUCGCGGUGUGUUGUGUUCAGAAAAUGGGAAAAUUAUCAACCGGCAAACUAGAAUAGAAAUCCAAUAAAAAAAUCAUAUGCCAAGUUAAAUGUAAUCGCUGUCGUCGUAGGCAAAGUCGCUGUCGUGUAUAAAACAAAAAAAAAGAAAAAAGUCGAGGAGCAAGAAGCAGCAGCAGCAGAAGAAGAGGAAGAACAAGCACACGGAACGGUGGAAGGAACAAAAAAAGCCAGUAGAUAUACCCACGACUCCAGUCUGCCAGGCGGACUGACUGCCAGCCAGCAGCGAGCCUUUAACGUCCGGGGGGAAGUUGGCAAAAAAAAAAGUGUAAAACAAGAAGAAGCAGCAGCAGUGAAAACGUCGAAGUGAAACAUAAUGAAGUAAUUCAAUGAAAUUUUUCGCUGUUCACAAAAAAAAAGAAAAUUCCAUACAAAAUAGAAAAAAAGAAAAGAAAAUAAAAACAAAAAUUGGUUUCGUCUCUUUUUUGGAAGUGAGAAAAUUAUUUCAAAAAAAAAUAUCAUAAAAAUCUCUGAUGAAAAUUAAAUGAAUUAAAAAAAGCAUAGCAAAAAAGAAGUAUAACAACAAAAUACAAGAGAGGAAAAAUAAAGAAAGAAAAGUAAAAAAGAAAGAAAAAUAAAGUAAUUUUCUGGUGAAGUUGUGAAGUGAAAAUCCAAAGGAAGUUGAGUUUUGUUUUAAGUUUUCCUCCAACCAGACAUUAAUCAAUAAAAAAAAACACAAAAUAUCGUUUCUUCAAAACACAAAUCCACGCACAUUGAACAGAAUCCGGACCACAAAAGUAGCGGCGGCAGCAGCAGCAGCAACAACAACGAGACGAAAGGGAGGAUAAAAACCCACAACCAAGCCUAUGCUGGAUCAAUGAGUAUUGGUCUUCUCUAAAAGUCAAGGAGCCACACUUCCGUUUCCGUAAUGACAACAAUUUACAACAUUAGCUACUAGCGAGGCAAGUGGGGGCAACAUCUGCUUCCUAUUUUAUCAACCAAAAAAAUCUACAGCAGCCUAAAAACCCUCAACAAAAAACAAGGAGUUUCAUUGAGCGAAACUACGCCAAAUACACCAUGGUCUACUGUGGUCCAAACAGUUCUUUAACGACAGCAACAUAACACUACUGAAUCGAAGAACGGUAUGGUGAAAAUGGAAUCCACAGAAGAACAGGACAGAAAGUUGGUUUUGGAGUUUAUACAUUUGCUGGAGAAGUCCAAACAGUUGUUCAAUGGUUUAAGAGAUUUACCACAAUAUGGACAUCGUCAGUGGCAGGCAUAUUUUGGACGAACAUUCGAUGUCUACACAAAACUAUGGAAAUUCCAGCAACAGCAUCGCAUGGUACUGGAUUCGAAAUAUGGUUUGAAACGGUGGCAAAUUGGUGAAAUUGCAAGUAAAAUUGGACAGCUUUACUAUCAUUACUAUUUAAGAACCAGCGAAACGAAUUACCUGAAUGAAGCGUAUCAAUUUUAUGCAGCUAUUAGAGGUAGAGCCUAUUAUUCGCGAGCGAUCAAAGAAGAUCGUCCCGAUUUGAUGGUGAAAAAGCUGCGCUAUUAUGCACGUUUUAUUGUGGUUUGUUUGCUGCUGAAGAAAAUGAAAUUGGUGCGAGAAUUGGUGACCGAAUUGGAAAAACAAAUACAGGAAUAUACCACCACUUAUGAACCUGAAGACCAUUUAGAAUGGUCAUUAGUUUUGGAGGAGAUCAAGGGCUUUAUUAAAGCCGAAGCAGCUGUGGCCGUUCUUCAUGCGGAUUCCAAUCCCAUCGUACUAUCACACAGUGGUUCCGGUUCUAGGUUGUCGCCGCUAACAACACCGCCAUGCGAAAGAUCACCGCACAUGACGCUGAGCCUGCAGGAGAUCUUGAUUGUGGGCUCGGCAUGCGAACAGGCCAAAUUUUCGGAGCUAACAAUGGAUAUGUUUAGAAUGUUACAGACACUAGAACGGGAACCAACAGAAACCACACAUCCUAUGAGUGUUUCACAUGGCAUGCAUGGACACGAUGCCAGUCCAGCGGCCAGUCGUAUACCACCAUACGGUGUUCCAGGUUCCAAGGGCUAUUUGGAAAAUAGCCGCCAUUAUCGUGACAAUCCUCAUAAGUAUUUAUUGUAUAAGCCUUCGAUUAGCCAACUUCUGGUGUUCUUAGCUAGCGGUUUUAAAGAAUUGCCUCCGGGAGGCGCCUUACUCUUAUACAUGUCGGCAGAUGGCUGUUUUUCCACCACCAAACAUCCCGAAGAUUAUGGCUAUGAAUUAGGUGGCCUGGCCACAAGUGUCAAACGUGAUGGUGUUGAUGGCGGCGGUCUGGCGUGUCGAGGGAAAUCCUACAAGGAAACCCAUUGUCUGUAUCCAGGCGAUUUAUAUCCCUUCACCCGACGGCCCAUGUUCAUCAUUAUCGAUUCGGAUAAUUCGUUUGUGUUUCAGCAUAUACCCCGUUAUUUUGGCCAACCAUUGGUUGUGCUCAUGUCACCUCAGGAUGUACCACCAGCUUUUCAGGCUGAAGUCCAACACCAUGGCUCCUUGUUUACAUUGUUCCUGCACUCCCCUCUCACCGCUUUGUGUUACAUCUGUAAUGUUGGCGAUGUGCCCAUCCAUCACUGGGAACGCUGCCAAUCGUAUGUGGAUCAUUUUAUAACAGAAGCUUCCCGUUUAGUAACACGCUGUCGCAUAGAUGAAAUUGACCAAGGAUAUAUAGAUUCAUCGUAUGUUCAAUUCUUUGGUGAUGACUUCUUACGUACCCUCAUACUACGCUUUGUGUUCUGUGAUGUUGUAUUGAGACUGCAUCGUGGUUUCCGGGGACGCCAUAUGAGACCACGCUGUGAACCACCAUUGCCAUCCAAUGAACUGCUAGAGCAUCCCACAUUGUCGCAUAUUAUAUUCCAGCUGGCAACGGCGCUCGAUGUGCGCGGUCAUUUCUCCGAUGGACCGGAAUGCGACUGAUGAUCUACUGAGUAUUGCCCUAAACUAAGUCUAGUCAUAAUUUUAAGCAUUUCUUUGCAACAAUUUAUUAUUAUAAUUCUAAUUCUAUUAAUUAUUAUGGAAAAUAAUCUUAAAACAACAACAACAAACAUAACAACAAUUGCAAUAACAACAAUAAUAUUAAUAAUAAAAAACAAAUUAAAUAUUUGUGAAGCAAAAGAAGAAAAUACCAAAAUUUCUAUGGAAAGAAAAUUCUCGUUAAACGAUUCCUGUUCUAAAAACUAAACCCCUGCUAAAAGUAACAAAAGAAAAACUCCCCGAAAAACAAAUAUCCCAAACGCCCAAAAAGGUAAAACUAUGAAACAUAUGAUAACAUACAAAAAUAUGCUGAGCUUUUAAAAAGGAAAACCUGCAAACAUGGUUAAAAAAAUCUGACACUACCCAAAGACCCUGCUUUUCUCCUAUUCAGAGUUCUUGACACGACACUGCAUUGACUGCCAUUCCAAAUAUUCCCAAAGGCUAUGGGGAUGAGCUUUCAUUAUCGUGGAGCAAGAAAAAGGCCAAAAGUAACCACAUAGACAUUUCCAAGGCUUACCCCAAAACUCUGGAGCCCCCGCUCGAAAAAUUCUCAAACUUUCCCCCUCUAACAUAACCAUGCAAAUAUCUAAUAACAACAAAUACAAAAUAAAUAAUUACAUAUAAAUCUUAAAAAAAACAAAAACUUAUCUGAACAGAAACAACAGCAACAACAACAAAAAGAAAGAUAAUUUAGCUCAUUUUCUACUCAAGCAAAAUAAGAAAAAACAAAACAAAAUUUAAAACCAACAACAAAAAUAUAUUUUUAAAGAAAAUUUGAAAGUAAAACCAAAAAAAAAAAAACAAAAAUUGAACACAACACGGAAGUGACUGAUUUAGCAACAGAAACAAGAAAAAUCUCAAAAAGAGAAAAAAAAAUGCUAGCAAAAGGAAACAAAAACCAGAUGAAGCUGAAGCAGAAUAGUUAUGCCGGUUACUGAUACAAUUCCGUAGUUGUCCUACCAAACCAAAUAUACUCAUUUUAUAAUGUAUACAUACAACAUAACAUAUAUAUUUUUGCCUACAAAACCAAAAAAACAACAAGAAAUAAAAUUUAAAAAAAAAUACAUUUAAUAUAAAAAAAUAAAUAUU